AUGAGAAAUAUCGAUUUUCAAUUAGUGAGAAAUUUUCUCAAUUUAUUUCAAAAUUAUUAUCCAGAAUCUCUUGGUCUUGGUCUUAUUGUCAAUGCAUCGUGGAUUUUCAGUAGUUGUUGGUCAAUGAUUUGUCCUUGGUUGGAUUCAGAUGUGGAAAAUACAAUCAAAUUUCUCCGUAAAGAAUCAGAUUUAACGAAAUAUAUCGAUCCAAUGAAUAUUCCACAACGAUUACAAGGAAAACACGUCAAUUUUCGAUAUUUCUUACCAACUGAUGAAGAUCAACAAAUGAUCGAAAUAUUUCGUCAAGAUCAAAAAGGAAAACAAUUCAAUGAAAAUAAUUAUCAACAAGCAAUGACAAAAUAUAUUCAAAUCACUUUGAAAUGGGCUCAAAAUGAAGACAAUUCCAAUUUGAUUAUCGAACGGAACAAAUCUUGUAGAAAUCUGUUAAAUGCUUAUGAAAAUCUCCUUCCGUAUGUAACAACGAGAAUUCAUUAUCAUCGAACAAAUGAAAUUCAUGAACCAAUUUUUGAGAUGACUUACAAAAAACUAUCUGAGACUCAUUUUGAUGAUGUAACAUAUUUUUAA